AAGACCGACAAUCAUCCAUCAGUUUGCAAAUCAUUUAAUACGACUGACUUUUUGCGAGAAUAUGUAUAUUCAGCAGCAUGUGUGAUUGGAGAGCGUCAUCUUCUUGAAGUUGAACGCGCCUUCAUUGCAUUGAAUGACAAGGGUCGACAAGCUCAUCUUAGUCGAAAAAUGGGAUUUAAUUGCACCACUUCUGAUAUACAUCGUGCACCAAAUUAUUCCUCCAAAUUUCGUG